AUGAGAUACACUCUCCUUCUUGUUGUGCUGGCCUUUUUGGCUACGGCCAAUGCCAUGCCAAGAUCAUCGAAUCGUUGUAUGGACAAAUUGAGCUGUUGGGAUGGCGAGGAGACCGAAAUCACCGGUUUCAAAAAGGGCAGUUCUUCCGAGGAGUCUUCAAGCUCAUCAGAGGAAAACUCCUCAGAAGAAAAUUCAUCUGGGAAAACCACAACCACCGGCGCUACCGUCACUACGGAGGAGAACGAUUCUACCACCGGUGAACCUGCCACGACUGUAGCCCCGCCAAAUUAUACCGCAAUGUGCCGCGGUAUCGUUGUCGACCUUCUGCCGAAUCCAGUGGAUUGUACGCAGUUUGUGCUCUGUGUCAUGGGACGUUUUGAGGUGAACCAGUGCGAAGAUGGUCACAUUUUCUAUCCCUCGGUGCGCGUUUGUGGAGUUGGCAGUCCUGACGAGUGUGAAAUUUGAACUUUCUCAAAGAGGAAAAUACGUGCCGAUUUUAUUGUAAAAUUCAUCCGCUUGAUAUAAAAAUUAAAUACAUUAUACAUGAUACAAUUGAAAACAUUGAAAAA